AUGAUUGUCUUUGCGUCCAUCCACGUGUCUCCGCACAGAGUCCUCGCGAGGCGCAACUUCGCGGGUUUCGACACGGAUGAUGCGGUCUUGCUGCGUGCGUCAACAACGACCGCGCGCGCACCCAUGGGCUACACUCUGCAUCGCCUUCCGACCAUUUACGAAGACAGCGCGCACGGACCGCGGGCGUCGACGAGCCCGCUCCAGCGCUACUACGCACGAGCUCCGUCGCCCGAUCUCCUCCAGCGGUCGCCUACCACGGGCGAGACGGCCUUGGCCAAGUCGUAUGCGUUCGUGCUCGAGACGUUCGCUGUCGUGUCCAUCGAGCUACUCAAGCACAUGGCGCUACGCCUCGCAGUCGCGUCCGCCGCGCUCGUGCUCCUCGUGUGUCUCCGCGCCGCGGCUAUCCUGUGAGCGCAGAUGUCCAUCGUUGUCCAAGGCGCCUCGCAGACAUGCAUCUUCCGCGGCGCCUUCGUAUUUAUCUCAAUCCCAUGCAUGUAAAC